UCUGCGUGGUCGGGCUUGCCACUGUGGGGGGAAUGUGGUUGGCGUCAGUUAGGGAUCACGCGUUAGCAACCUUGGUGGGAAAACAGGUGACGUCGACCACAUUCCCCGCGAAAAAUGCUGCCCGCUCCUGCCUUUCAAGCAUCCGUGCUCGUAUAGCCGCGCGCAUUUAGUGCUCACUACUAAGAGGCGUGCUUGGAGCGCCCUCGACGGGUGUCACGCCCUCGACGGCUGUCACGCCCUCGACGUGUGUUUGGGAUGAAAUAGCGUGUGCCGCUGUCACCGCCUCCCCUCGAUAUUGUCACCGUCACAACCAUCUCGAUCACCAUCGCCUUCACCUGCACCACCAGCAUCAGCAUCACCGUCAGCACCGCCAUGGGUUGCUGCCUAUCGAGCGUAGCCGUGGAGCCAUCCGCAUCCUCAUUCCAUGGCGGCACGGCCCCGUCGCUCCCCCACAAGCAUCUCAAGGACAUCAAGGACCCCAUGCUGACGUCAGCCACCAAGGUCGGACCGGAAGGCUCCCUGGAAGCACACUACAAGCUGCUGGGCGGCACACUGGGAUGCGGGCGGGUGGCGUCCGUCAGGGAGGCGGUGGAUCGGGCAACAGGAGUGGUGGUGGCAGUGAAGGCAUGUUCCAAGAAGGUUCUCAAUGCACGGCCCGCUUAUAUCAGCAGGACCAUCGAGAUCGAGGCCCUGCAGCAGCUGUGGGCGCCACCAGUCCCCCCAUCGCCGCCCAUCAUCCGCCUGCUGGCCACGCACGAGGACAGCCGCCAUCUGCACAUCGUCACGGAGAGGGCGGUGGGCGGGGACCUCUUCAUGAGCCUGGCUGCACGCUCUUCCUUCACCGAGGGGGACGCCAUCCACAUUGCGAGGCAGCUACUGCAGGCAGUGGCUCUCUGCCAUGCGCGGGGGGUCACUCACCGGGACCUGAAGCCUGAGAACAUCCUCCUGUCGGACCCCCACACGCUGGCCAUCAAGCUCAUUGACUUCGGCAGCGCGGCUCUCUUCCAAGCAGCAGACCAAUGUCCACCGUCCGCCGGAGAGCAAUCUGCACCGUCCACUGAAGAGCAAUCCCCAACGUCCAGUGGAGAGCAGCAGUCAUUGUGGAAGGCGGCGUGCCCUGUGCUGCGUGACUUCAUGGGCACGGCGUUCUACGCCGCACCCGAGGUGUGGCGCCAUGAGUACGGGCCACAGGCGGAUGUGUGGAGCGCAGGGGCUGUGGUGUGCGUGCUGCUCACUGGUGUGCCGCCCAGUGGGCUUACGCGUGCCACAGUUGGUUCCAAUGCCACGUGGCAGGGCAUGCAGAAUGGGGUAGUUCCAACUCUACCGCCGGAAACCUCCCCAUCAGCGCGCUCCUUCCUGGAGGCUCUCCUCGAGCCCGACCCCUCCAGGCGGCCCACAGCAGCAGGCGCUCUGCGGCACCCGUGGCUUGCUGCCAGUGCAGCGUGGGCUGCAGAGGAUGGGGUGCACUCUGCUGUGGCGGCCACUGCUGCUGCUGCUGCCACACAGGCAGGAGCAGGUGAAGGAGUGGAGCGUGGGGGGGAGAGGGCGAGGGGGGACAAGGCAGAGGCGGAGGAGCAAAGGAGGGAGGUGGCAGGAGAGGAGGAAGGGGAGAGGAGCGCGAGGGAGGAGGAGAGAGGGGUGAGGGCAGGGGAGAUGGCUGUGAGAGGGGGAAGGCACGAGGAAGGAUCCCUGGGAGGCGAUGUGUCACCAUCAAAGGGGCCCGUGCAGGGAGUUAUUUCUGAGGGUGCUGCAGCGAGGGGCUUAUUGCAGGACGGCACCUCAGCCGAGGGGCGUGUGCGGGGAGGGGUGCAGCUGGAGGGGUCUCUAAGAGGUUUCCGCAUGUACGCAGCUACCAGGAAGCUGCAGCGCGCGUGCGUUGCCCUGCUGUCGCUGGAGCUCAGCGAGCCGGAGUUCCGCCAGCUCAUCCGCCACCUGGCCAGCGCCACGUCAGCGAAUGCCAUGCCACUGGAGCCUCUCCACGAAGCAGCCACGGGACUGGAAGGGGAGAGCAACGAGGCUAGUCAGGCAGAGCGGCUGCAGCAGAACCAGCAGCACUGGCAGCAGGUGCAGCAGCAGCAGCAGCAGCAGCAGCAGCAGCAGCCGUCGCCCAUGCUGUCUCUGCCUGUGCUGCUGGCCAGCCUGGACGCCCUGGGCCACCACAAGGUGUCGCUGCAGCUCAUGGGCAUCCACCACAGCGUCAUGCAUCACAGCACCAUGCAUCAUGGUGUCGUGCAUGGGAACAUUGCGCAGGGCACGGCAAAGCAGAGCGUGCAUGGAAGCCGUGCGCGCGGGGGCGCUCAGCAUGUUGGCGCUACUGGUAGCAGCGCAGCAGGUGGACAGGGGGACACGGAGGAGCGAGUGCGUGGUGGUUCUGGGAUCGCUGCUGCGCUGGAGGAGCAGCAGCAGCAGCAAGUUGGAGCUGCUGUUGCCAUCCCCCCCGUGCCUCUGUUUGACUUGCUUGACUUCCAUGCGCUGGUGACCCGGCACCACGACAUGCACCGCCUGCACCAUGAGGACGAGGAGGGCCACCACUCCUCCACCCACGCUGCUGCAGCUGGCGCACGCGGGGGAAGGGGAAGGGCUGCUGCAGUGAGAGGAGGGCGGGGCAAGGGCAAGGGGAAGGAGGUCGGGGCAGAGGGCGAGGGCCGGCAGGUGGAGGCCGGGAGCAGCCAUCGUGGCUCGCGGCGGUUCUUUGGGGUCAUGAGGGGAGGGGAGGGGGAGAGGGAAGGAGAGAGCAGUGGUAGUGUGCAUGGCGGUACUACUCACGAUGGUAGCACCCACGGCAGCACCCAUGGGUCACGGCGUUUUCUCAGUAUGAUGCGAGCAAGGGAAGGGGAUAUGGGCAAUGCAGGGGGGGAAGGCAGACAGCAGGGGGCAGGCGGCAGUCAGCAUGGCUCGCGGCGCUUCUUCGGCCUCAUGGGAGCGCAGGAGGGGAAGGAGAAGGAGGAGGAAGGGCCGGAUGGGACAAGGAAAGAGGGUGAAGCGGGCGGCAGCAGCCACGGGUCUCGGCGGUUUUUCAGCAUCAUGAAGGGGAGUGGGGCGCCAAGCCCGGGAGGAACAGGCGUGCCAAGCCCCGGAGGCAGCCUGCGAGGAAGCUUCCGUAUGGCCCAGCGGCUGGGUCUGCUCAGACUGGGCCGAGAGGAGGGGGAGGGGGAGGGGGAAGGCAUAGAGAGCCCCACUGCUGACAGCGACAUGGUGGGUGCCAUGGCUGGCAAUGGUGGCGCCAGGCUUGCCAUGCGCGGGCCGCUGUCGCCGCACUCACCCUCCAUGAAUGCUCAGAGUGACAAUGCUGGAGGGUGGACCCGGCGCUUCAAUGCACGUGGGAGUGCAGGCGGUGCAGGAAUGAUAUGGCAGUCGCCCAUUUGCCGCCUGCAGUCCCCUGGACUCUCCUCCCAGACAGGGGGCCAGCAGCAGGGGCGAGGGGAGCCUGGGGAAGGUGGAAGCAGCCAUGCUGCUGCAACAACUACUGCUGCUGCUGCUGCUGCUGGACAUGUGGGGCUCAGUGGGUCAUUGCAUGGUGGGGCUGGUUUGAACUGCCAGCGCGUGCAGUCGUGUGUUGACCUGGCAUCCAUGGCCGGGGCAGACUCUAGUCCCGCUGUUGGCAAGGGAGGAGGGAAGGGGAGAGAGAGAGGGGGAUUUUGGGGGUCAGUGAAAGGAGGGAUGCAUGGAGGUGAUGGGUUGUCGGGGACGAAUCCUAAGGGGACAUCUGUCCAUGGGGAGUGCCUGUAUAGGGAGUUUUUGUUGAGCGAGUGUACCCCUUGAACCACAGAGCAUGCUAAAGCAUUUCAUAGUCAGCUUGUACAUCCUUGGUGGUGUGGUGUGGUGUGGUGUGGUGUGGUAUGUGUUAUGAGCUUUGAGCAUGCAAGUCAUUCGUAUAUUGCGCUUUAGGGAAACCGAGCUGGGAACACGCA